GGCGUACAGCGAGGUUUCCGCUUCUCGGUUGUACUUGGACCGCGACUCACGCACAAAAAAAAAAAAAAACAGUGUACAAGGUUUGACGCACCGAGGUAAGAGAAAAAAAAAGAAGAGAACCCAACGAGGGAGAAAGAUGUCUGAAUCCGAGUACCGCGAGUGGAUCCUGGACACCAUCGACUCGCUGCGGUCGCGAAAAGCCCGGCCGGACUUGGAGAGGAUUUGCCGAAUGGUCCGGAGGCGACACGGGUCCGAGCCCGAACGAACCUGCGCAGAACUGGAUAAACUGAUCCGCGAACAAACCGUGUUAAAAGUUAAUUACAAGGGCUCUAUUUCAUACCGAAACGCGGCCAAGGUACAGCGGAGGAGCAGGAAAAAAGACGAUGUGACGCUAACGACGGCCGCGAGAAGGAGCGCGGUGGAAGAAGCGAGCCACUCGGACCUGAGCAACGGGGACAGCGCGUUCGGUGCCGUGGACCAGGACGAGGAGGACCUGGAGGCCGACAACUCGAUGGUAAUUGACACGGACAGUAAUGCGGACGAGGAAGGGGCGGAUGAGAGCCGGGACGGGCAGGACGGGGCCUCUCCCGGCCGCACGCAUGAAGAUGCCGCCGCCGCCGCAGCACGCAGUGCCUCAGUGCGAGCCAUCUCCGCCCCCUGCUCCCCCUCUGGCACGCGGCACGGCCCCGGCCCCGGUCCGGAUUGUGCCCCCUUCCAGAAGGUUGGUGAGAGGCCCAGCUCCUUGCCCCCCUCCAGCCCCGGAGCCCUUGCACACAAUGACUGGCCCUAUCAUUCCGCUGUCUGCCCAGUCGACCGUCAGCACCCAGGAAUGCAGGGGGACAAAGCCGCCACGAAGCCAGAGAUCCACUCUGCCACUACCAGCCCCGGCGCUUCGAAGAAGCAGGUGAAGAAAGACGAUGCGGGCAAGAUGGUGGAUAGCAGCCUUUUGCCUGACCAGUUGGUACCAGACUACGCUGCAGGGCUGGAUGAGAGCAAGAAUGCAUCUGAAGGAAGACUACAGGCCCUGUCUCUGCCCUCUGACAACUGUACAUUGAAGAAUGACGAACAUCUUUCCUCCUUCAUAGUGGACGAACACCGUCUUCUGAACGGUGAUAAAGGGGAUGAUGUCUCUGUGAAGAAGGAGAACACGAGCCAGAACCUGAUGCUGUGGUCUGUGGCAGAUGUGGCCAGUUACUUCUCAGCGGCAGGCUUUCCAGAGCAGGCUGUGGCGUUCCGCUCUCAGGAGAUUGACGGGAAGUCCCUUCUCCUCAUGCAGCGCAGCGACGUGUUGACCGGUUUGUCCAUCCGACUCGGCCCCGCCCUCAAAAUCUACGAGCGCCACGUGAAGGUGCUUCAGAGGACCCACUUCCUGGAAUGCGAAGACAUCUGAGGUCGGCGAUCUCGCACGACACACACGGACUACGCCCUCUCCCCUCUAGACGCUGCCCACCACCCUCACGUACAGAGUGGACAGCGGGUGAGCAGGGGGGGGGGGGGGUGGCAAAGCUGCGCUGGAAUUAACUUUCACUGUGAGAACGACCAGAAACUGAAGAAGAAGAAUGAAACAGUCAUCCUACCUCUCAUCGUGGUCUUGGGUUUUCAAAUGUUUUUUCAUUUCAUCCGUUGGAUUGAACGAACCUCGAGGGGGGGGGGGGGGACUGGUACUUUCAGAGGAUGUUCCAAACAGACCUUUUUCUGCUGGAGGGAAAGAUGGAGAACUGAGCCGCUGGAGGGGGCCGGGCCUUUGCGCCAAGGGAAGAACCCGUGAGAUCGUUCCCCCGAGGAGCGCUGCUCGGCGCGGCGUAAAGAAGUGUGCAUCCUCGCUCCCUCAAUCACGGUACCUUCUGUCAAUCCGGGACCUCUUUGGUGAAUCGCACGGCUCCUCUGUUGGAUUUCCGUGUAGUCCGUUGAACUGAAAGUCAUCAAAGUGCCGCGGAAGCCCGGCCUUCCACACAUCUGCAUCACGAGUCCGAUUCCGGACCCAUCGUCCCGCCAAAAGCUGCUGAGCUUUUUAUUAUGUCUCCAGUGACUCUGUAACACGGACCGCCGAAUUGACGCACUACCACCUGCUGGUAAGGCGAUAUGCUGUUCUUUUCUUUCUUGUGAUCUCAUUCGGAUCCGACUGCGGUCCAACGUAAUACGGCUGCACUUUGGGGAACAAUAGCAGAUCGGUGUGACCAGGAAAAUGAUGGAAUGUGCUUUAACACAUAAACAAAUGAUACUCUUUGGGGAAGGUUUGUUGUAAUACUGAACAUUUUAGUUUUAAAAUUGAAUACAGCUGCUGAGUGUCUGUUACAUAGCAGAUGUCUCGAUUAAAUGCAAUAUUUAAUGUCGUCGUUUAUUUUUCAUUUGUACAGUGUCUGUUUUUAAUGUAAGCCAGCCGCUUGAAUUGUAACAUUCCAUGUGAUGUAGUCUACAUCUCCGACAUAUCUGUAGCAUUGACACUUCUUCCAGAGUCACAAAUAAAGCUCAUGUCGCUCUGUUCA